AUGGCAGGGUCCCUCUAUAGCCCCGCACUAACCAGCCUCAGGAGCUCUCGCAUGCGAAAGGGUCUGUGCCAGUGUGGCUGUGCUGGCUAUGUAGUGGCCCUAGCAAGUGUUACGAGUAGCACCGAAUGCUCCUGUGGACGCAAUCAUUUCACGUGUGCUGUCAGUGCAUUUGGGGAAUGCACAUGCAUCCCUGCUCAGUGGCAGUGCGAUGGGGACAAUGACUGUGGGGACCACAGCGAUGAAGAUGGCUGCAUGCUGCCCACUUGCUCGCCCUUGGACUUCCACUGUGACAACGGGAAGUGCAUCCGCAGGUCGUGGGUCUGCGAUGGGGACAAUGACUGCGAGGAUGAUUCUGAUGAACAGGACUGCCCUCCACGGGAGUGUGAGGAAGAUGAGUUCUCAUGUCAGAAUGGAUACUGCAUCCGCAGCCUGUGGCACUGUGAUGGUGACAACGACUGUGGCGACAACAGUGAUGAGCAGUGUGAUAUGAGAAAGUGUUCAGAGAAGGAGUUUCGUUGCAGUGACGGUAGCUGCAUAGCUGAGCACUGGUUCUGUGAUGGUGACACAGACUGCAAAGAUGGCUCGGAUGAAGAGAAUUGCCCAUCAGAUGUUCCAGCUGCCACCUGCAGCUUGGAGGAAUUUCAGUGUGCAUAUGGACGCUGCAUCUUGGAUAUCUACCACUGUGAUGGCGAUGAUGACUGUGGGGACUGGUCUGAUGAAUCUGACUGCUCAUCUCACCAACCUUGUCGCUCUGGAGAGUUCAUGUGCAACAGUGGCUUGUGCAUUAACGCUGGCUGGAGGUGUGAUGGAGACUUUGACUGUGAUGACCAAUCAGAUGAGAGGAACUGCACUACAUCUAUGUGCACAGCUGACCAGUUCCGCUGUAAAUCAGGGCGCUGUGUCCGUCUGUCCUGGCGUUGUGAUGGGGAAGAUGACUGCUCUGACAACAGUGAUGAGGAAAACUGUGAGAACACAGGAUUAUCGGAGGGUGAUGAUUUGGAAACCACUAAUAAAGUCAGCUUCAGAGGGACCCCUCAGUGUGCUCCAGACCAGUUCUUGUGUGAGAACGGACGUUGUAUUGGCCAGAGGAAGUUGUGCAACGGAGCAAAUGAUUGUGGAGAUGGCAGUGAUGAGAGUCCACAUCAGAACUGCCGUCCACGGACAGGGGAGGAGAACUGCAAUGUCAACAAUGGUGGCUGUGCUCAGAAGUGCCAGAUGGUACGAGGGAUGGUGCAGUGCACCUGCCACACAGGUUACAGGCUCUUGGAAGAUGGCCGAUCAUGCCAAGAUGUGAAUGAAUGUGCUGAGGAAGGUUACUGCAGCCAAGGCUGUACCAACAGUGAAGGAGGCUUCCAGUGCUGGUGUGAGCAAGGCUACGAGCUGCGACCUGACAAGCGAAGCUGCAAAGCUCUAGGGCCAGAACCAGUGCUACUUUUUGCCAAUCGAAUUGAUAUCAGACAAGUGUUGCCUCAUCGCUCAGAGUAUACGCUGCUCCUGAACAACCUGGAAAAUGCCAUUGCCCUUGAUUUCCAUCACAGCAAAGAGCUGGUGUUUUGGUCCGAUGUCACUCUCGAUCGCAUCAUGAGGGCCAAUCUGAAUGGUAGCAAUGUGGAAGAGGUGGUUUCCACAGGGCUGGAGAGUCCAGGUGGACUUGCUAUUGACUGGAUCCAUGACAAAUUAUACUGGACAGACUCUGGGACAUCUCGAAUUGAAGUAGCCAACUUGGAUGGCACUCACAGGAAAGUGCUUUUGUGGCAGAACCUGGAGAAGCCUCGAGCAAUUGCCCUACAUCCUAUGGAGGGCACUAUCUACUGGACCGACUGGGGCAACACUCCCCGCAUUGAGUAUUCCAACAUGGAUGGCUCUAAUCGGCGCAUCAUUGCGGAUACGCACCUCUUCUGGCCCAAUGGACUGACCAUUGACUAUGCAGGACAUCGAAUGUACUGGGUGGAUGCCAAACAUCAUGUCAUUGAGAGAGCUGACCUCGAUGGGAGCAAUAGGAAGGCUGUUAUUAGCCAAG